CCUCCUGACACGCCUUCAUUAUUAUGAGAACACUGACCUGUCUGGCGCUUUUCUUGGGCUCCGUUUUCCUUCUUGUGGAGCGCGGGGACUCCGCUGUCAUCACUGGGGCUUGUGAAAGGGAUCUUCAGUGUGGAGGAGGGAUGUGUUGUGCAGUGAGCCUUUGGAUAAGAGGCCUUCGAAUGUGUACUCCUCUUGGCAAUGAGGGUGAAGACUGUCACCCAUUAAGUCAUAAAAUUCCAUAUUCUGGCAAACGAAUGGUUCACAAAUGUCCAUGCCUGCCAAACCUAACCUGUAUGAAGUUGGACGACGGCAGAUACCAGUGCUUGCCAUACCUAAAAGGCAAAAAUUAUUAUUAUUAG